AUGAGCAACCCAGCGCACUUGAGUCAUCUUGACCUCAGAGGAUGCCAGCUGACGGCCGAGGAUGCCAGGCAGUUGAUGGACAGGAUGAACGAGUUCUCGUCCCUGUCCUCCCUCGAUCUCAGCAUGAACCCCCUCGGCCCCAAGGGCAUGAAGGUCGUGCUCAUGGCGCUGGCGGUGGGAGACAUCCAGGGAGGGAGGAAGGCGGAGGGGAGGACGUCGAGGGCUCUGAGCACGCUCCUGCUCAACUCUAUCGGGCUGAGCGACCACAACUCGGGUGUUCUCGCACUCGUCGGGCUCAGACACAACUUGUCAUGCAUAACACUCGGCAAGAACAACCUCGCUGAUCGCGCAGCUCUUGUCCUGCAUAAGUCGCUGCCAGGCAACGCGAGUCAGCUCACUAGCCUCGACCUGUCGGACAACUACCUGAGCGACGUCGGGGGCUACAGGCUGCUGGAAGCAGCUGAGAGGUGCACGAACAUGAAGAUGCUGAUCCUGAAUGGGAACCCAGUGUCGUCCGAGCUGCUUCAGAGGGCAAGGAGCAUCAACGAUGCUGCUGCGCGAUGGAACGCGGACGCUGCGGCGCCUCAGAGGAAGAUCCGUUCCUCUCAUCCAGGCUUCCUCGCGUACCAGAGGAUGACGUCUGCGCUGAAGCUGUUGCAGCAUCAGGCGUCUCGGGUGUCCUCUCUCCGGGAAGCUCUCAAGACCGUGAGAGACGAGGUGGAGGAAGGGACGUGGCAGGAGAGCUCGGAGCAUGCGAGCUCUGCCUGUUUGAAGCUCGUGAGCCUGGCGGACGAGGAGCUGAAGCAGACGGUUCAGCUCUUGUCUUCCUUCCAAGAAUCAGUUGGGCUGGCGCGGGACGAGGUUGGCCAGUCGAUUCUACGAUGCGAGGAGGAGGAAGGGGAGGCAGGGGAUAGAAGAAGCGAGAGCGAGUACUUCUUCGAGCAGAAGCUGAAAGAGAUGAGUAUUGAAAACAUCCGAAGAACUUCUGAGCUGGAGAGGAGAGAAGCGCAGGUGGCUCGUGCUGAGAAGAACCUGGCGAAGAGAAUCCACGAGCAUGCUGAAGCUCGAGCCAAGUUGGAGCGCGAGAGGGAGUUGACAGACCUGAUAGCGGAUGAGACCGAGCAGACGUGCCGAGAGGGCGAGCUCGUUUCUUCGUUGGCGCGCAAGGUGUACAUUAAAGCCACCCAUGACGAGGAGAAGAGAUCGUUGCUAGAAGAUCUCUACAGGCAGAAAGAAGCAAGGCUGUCGGAUCUCCACCAACAGAUACAACUAUCCUUGUCGUCGCUCAGGCAAGAGCACCAGCAGCUCUCCGAGGACAAGGCAACUCAGAGACACGCCAUGGCGUCACUGAGAGAGGCAGAGAAGAGCGUCAGGAGCUUCAUAUCAGACAUUCAAGCUUCUUUCAUCGAGUGUGACUGCGAGUGCGGCGAGCUCAAUCCCCAACGGAUGAGUCUUGCUGACAUGCCGGAGUUCCUGCAGAAUCUGAGGGUGGCGAGAGACAAGAUUCUGACUUUGAUCAAGACACAAUAUGAGACCAAGUUGAGAUGUUCAACGCAAGAGAAGAUCAUCCAGCUCUGCACGCAUGGGCCAGCAAGUACAUGGGAUCAGUCUGCAGCCUUGGAAGAUUCUUCCGCAGGGAAUACAAGCUCCUGUAGUCACCAAGGCACUUUCGCUACCUCACAGCCUUUCGCAUCCGAUGCUUGCAAUGAAACUAGGGGCACUGCAUCUCAAGUCAGCCCCCAAGGACACGUCAAGAGGAAUGGCGCAAGCGACGUGAAAGUCUCCUUGGACACCUCGUCUCCAGCACUCCACUCAUCCGACGCCAGCCUGUUCCCCUGCCAGCUUCUCCAUCCACAUCGCGAGGGAGUGGGAGGAGAGGCCAGCAACAAGGUGGACAGUCACGAGGCAGAGGCGGGGGGAGGCGAGAGGGGAAGAUGGAUGCAAGAGAUGUGUGGGAGGCAGCAGGCGGAUGAGGUGCUCGAGCUGAUCGACAUGUUUGAAACUCUCGGCGACGUGUUCGAGCUCAAGUCCUACGACCUCCGGCUCAAGGAGAUCGAGAUGGAGAUUGCAAGAGCUUGA